AACCAAUCCCUGAUGGCGCAAAAUGGCGCCGGGAGAUGAGAUGCUAAAAUUCACUCGCAGCUUCUUUUGAGCUUGCCCCGACCUCAGGUGCAUAAAGUCUGGGUAUUAGAGUCUGGGUUGUAAAGGGCAGCGGUUAGACUGGGUCUCUGUAGCACGGUUACGCACUCCAUCGUGCGACAGAAAAUUUUGAUUCACGUGGGUCGGGCUCAUCUUGAACCUGAGGAGAAGCAGGCGUUGAAGCGGCUGGUGGAGGAGGAGCUGCUGAAGAUGCAGGCGGAUGCUGGUACCAGGGAAGGGAAGCCAGACCUGACCAAAGUGAAGAGGUCUACUGCUCCCAGCAGUGACCCAGAGAGGAAAAGGUUCCGCUUCAAUUCAGAGUCAGAAUCCAGCUCUGCGCCAUCCAGUCCAGACUGCUCAGGAUCCCCAACAAAGAACAAGACAACCAAGAAGGUAUGUCCAAGAAGAGCCUUAAAGAAAGCAGUUGAGAGCACAGAUGAAGACCAGCAAACAGACCUGGGUGCAAAGAUGGGUUCGGAGGAGAGCAGUGAGGAAGCAGAGGGCUCUGUCAGAUCAGGUGAGGUCUGGAAGGCAGAGGACACUGAGGAAGAUGAUGAUGUGAGAAAAGAACAGAAGGGCAGGGCUAGAAAGAAAGCCGGGGCCAAGGGCAAGGGAGCACCACGCAAGACAAAUAGGGAGCAGGUCGGGGAAGAGAGUGGAAGCAGUGAGGAAGAGGCCGUCCUGAGGAGAGGAGAGGUGGAGGGAACCACAGAUGCCAAAUGCCAGGAGGGGAGUGGAGAGAGCGGAGAAGAGAUCCUAGCCAAGAGGGAAGAGCAGACCGAGCCCAGACCGAGAAGUGGCCGAGCAAGAAGAGCCAGGGAGAGAAAGAGCCCUAAGCAGAAAAGCAGGGCUGGGAGGCUGACUGGAGGCAUGGGAGACAGCGAGGCCAAGGAGGAAAGGGAGCCAGUAAGUAGUGGGGACAGCAGUGGGGAGGAAGAGGAGCACUUGGCGGAGAGAAAGAGCAAGGACAGGACCCAGCCUGAGAGCGGGAGAAGGCAGAGCACAAGCAGCGAGGAUGCUGGUAACAGCACGCAGGUGCAAGCAGCUGCUCAGGGAACUACAAAGACAGGCAGCAGUGAUGGUGACAGUGGCACGGAGAGGGGAGUGAGUGACUCCCAGGCAGGACAGAACACCAAAGAGGAGAGGAAGAGCCGCUCUUCCAAGAAGAGCUUCAAGAAUGGCAAGGCACGAAGUUCCUCGUCUUCAUCAGAUGCAAGUCCAGAACCCACAAGUCAGAAGGCUGGCUCUUGUCGCCGUGGAGAGGACCACCCAGCUGUGGUUAGACUAAAGCGUUAUAUUCGAGCUUGUGGUGCCCACCGAAACUACAAGAAGCUGCUGGGCUCCUGUGGCUCCCACAAAGAGCGCCUGAGUGUCCUCAGGGCUGAGCUGGAAGCGCUGGGCAUGAAGGGUAAUCCCUCCUUGGAGAAGUGUCGUGCUCUGAAGCAGCAGCGGGAAGAGGCAGCUGAAGUGGCUUCCUUGGAUGUUGCCAACAUCAUCAGCAGUACAGGCCGACCUCGGCGACGGACUGCCUGGAACCCUUCGGGGGAAGGAAUCUCCCCAGGGGAGCUUUACCACCGAACCCUGGACUCAGAUGAGGAGCGGCCACGCCAAGCACCUCCAGACUGGUCCCAUAUGCGUGGUAUCAUCAGCAGUGACGGUGACAGUAGCUGAACUCCAUGUCCAGGAUGGACCUUACCCUCUUAUACAGGAGCCUAUUUGGAGGAGGCAACUUCCAGAGCAUAGUGGCAGAUCCAAGUUCCUGGCACACUACUCAAUUUCAUGUUCUGUAAGAUGGCACUGGGGCUCGUGUGCAAGCAGCCUUUCAAGGCACGGAGGGGGGUGUGUGUGUUUUGUUUUUAAAGACUCAAUAAAAGACUGUUUGUAAUUACUUCAUCAAAA